ACAACGUUGUAUUGGUUGUAUUCGUUCACGGCGUACGCGGCGUAUGGAGCGUCCAGCGUAUCUUGAGUUUCCCUAUCAAAGGCAGUCUUCCCUGGCCAUUCGAUGCGACGCGUGGUGAAACAGCCUGGCUAAACGGGAGGAUCGGCCAAAAAGGACAAGCCGUCAUGAUUGCGGCAUUGGUUGUGUUUGUGUCGGUGUACUUGGCUGUCCGAGCUCUGAUGGUGGAACUUCUGCAGAAUCUGCAGGAUGUCUAUUCCAAAUGGGAAGCCAAGGCGGGUCCACGGCUUGGACAGCACAACGCUCCCGAAUCUAACCUGAAGCAUGCCGGGGUGCUGCCUGGGGACGGUGAUGCAGACUGUGGGGCCCGAUCGAGGCUGCGCCAUUUCCCCCGGAAGCCCAACACCGUGGAGCUCAACCCCAAUAAGUUUGGUGUUGGCAUGCUUCGGGUGUCCAAGCUUGGACACAUAUACCGCACAAAACUGCCACUUGUGGACGAGGAGGUGCUCGUGCCUUACAAGCUGUACCCGCCCGCUGAUGCAUUGCGACAGUCACAGACGUUGCGUUCUCGAGCUCUCGAGUGCUGCUCGCGUUGCAUGCCGAUGAGCAAGUCUAGUUUUGGAGAUGAGUCUGUCACAUUACUUGGUCUGGAAAAUGUGCUUAAUCUUCCUCAUAAUCGAGGGAGUAGGUUUGUACCAUUCAAAUUUAUCAAGAGCACCCUGUACCUGACCUGUAAAAGCAUACCGCAUGAAUACAAGCUGAUCUCACAGAAGAUAGUGGAGUCAGAAAGUGUGAAGAAGGCAAUCGAGAAUGCCGUGCGUGAAGACCCUGCAACGGACGAUACUGAGCACCAGUUACGAGCAGUCAGCAUCUUGGAACGGAUGAAAGCUGCAAUCUCAACAGUCCUCCUGAGGUUUGCAGUAUGGCUCAUGCAUCGCAUCAUGUCGCGCAUGUUGUCCGGUCUUUACGUACCCAGAGGCCAAAUAGAGUUGAUCAAACAGGCAAGCAAGCACAAUGUCCCUAUGAUCUACCUCCCUCUCCAUCGAAGUCACCUGGACUACAUCGUGGUCACAUUCCUCCUUUACCUCAAUGAAGUGAAGGUUCCCCUUGUUGCCGCCGGCGAUAACCUGCUCAUCCCGUUAUUUGGGACAUUGCUUAGAGGCCUUGGUGGAUUCUUCAUCAAGCGUAGGUUAGACUUCAAAGAUGGCAGGAAAGACUACGUGUAUCGUGCACUUCUGAAAGAGUACAUGACUGAAAUACUGAAGGCUAAUCACAGCGUCGAGUUCUUCAUCGAAGGUGGCAGAUCUCGGACGGGAAAGACUCGUCUACCAAAAGCGGGGCUGCUUUCCCUCAUAGUCCACUGCCUUAACGAAGAACUCGUACGAGACAUCUACAUCGUUCCCAUAUCCAUCAGUUAUGAGAAGAUACUUGACGGGAACUUUGUCAGCGAACAAUUGGGCGAACCAAAGGUGAUGGAAAGUUUCACAGCUGCUCUGCGGUCAAUAUGGCGCAUCCUUCACUCAAAUUAUGGGAAUGUGCGUGUGGACUUCUGUCAGCCGUUCUCCCUCAGGGAAUUCCUGAUGUCGUCCAAGGUUCAGACAGUGGAGAGCGCCGUGCAGGCAUGUCCUCUUGUUCCCAGCAGUUCCGAUACGAGCACCCCAAGGUUUCGCAACUCCUCAAGCUGCAAUUCCUUGUCCAGCAACGACAGCAUGCCUGAGGACCAGAGGCACGUCGUGCAGAGCCUCGCAAACCACGUCGUCUAUCAAUCUUCAAAGUCCUUAGCACUGAUGAGUACCAACCUGGUGGCCUUAUUGUUUCUCACGAAACACAGAAAAGGUGGAACGUUACAGCAGUUAGUGCACAGUUUAAGCUGGCUGAGGAGCGAAGUAUUCCAGCGUGAGCAUCAAGUGAUGUGCGGCCACGACAACGCUGAGGUUGUGAGGCAAGCCUGCUCACUCCUUGGCAAGGAUCUGGUCCGCCUGGAAACAAUCCAGAUGGAGUGGACGUCGGAGGGAGCUACUGAAAACAACAACCUUCGCAUUGUGUUUUACCACCCGACACUGCACCUGCCGCACGUCCUGGAACUGCAGUAUUACGCCAAUGCUGCAUUGCCCGUCUUUCUUAACGAAAGCAUUGCUGCAACUGCCGUGUACGCCAUUGCCGGAGAAAAACUGCCAUUAUUCAGGGGAUCUGACAAUGAAGUGGUGUUUCCAAGAAACCAGUUGGCUGCGAGGAUAGAGCUUCUGUUUAACGUGCUACAGUUUGAGUUCAUCUUAACACUGCCGUGCAGAAACAGUCACACGACCAUUGAUGACGCCAUAGACAAGUUGGUGAACAACAGUCUGCUUUCCAUCUGCAUGGACCCCAUGAACUAUGCAAGUACUCAUCAUCGUAAGUGGGCCUCCUCAGUGGCAUCGACGCUGGGCUGGGAGCAAGACGAAGACGGUGACCUCAAGACCUCAUUCUCUAAUGAGCAACAGUUGAAAGUGGUGCUCACAGAAGACACUCUCGGCAUGCUGGAAUUCCUUCGUUCUGUGCUGGCAAGCUACGUCGAAGCGUACUGGGUCGUGGCAUGUUCUCUGUUGAAACUGGUGAAUAAGCAAAUGGAAGAGAAAAUGUUCUUUCGAGAGAUUCAGAAAGUGGCUCAAGACAGGUUGCAUCAGGGCCUUCUCUGCUUUGAAGAAAGCUUCGCUGCUGAAACUCUCCGCAACGCAGUGAAGCUCUUCGAGCAGUGGAAAAUCAUCGAACACUACAGGCAGGACUGUGUGCGCAUCCUUUACCUCGGUGAGCGCUGGAAUUCGGACGACGCCAUUGACUCUGUUAUAACGCUUGUCGGCGACUUCAAGACGUGAGAGACGUGCAUUUUUGGGCAGCUCGGUAGUUUGUGCGGACCUUUUUUGAGAUGAUUCCCGGAAGAGUGUGUUCGAAGACAGUUUGGAACCGACACACCAGCUACCUACGCACCUUUCGGCUUUUCACUCUUAUUGUUGGAACUGGCCAGUGUACAGUUACUGCACAGUACAAAACAACAUGUGUAUGCGUGUGCUUGCGUGGAAUGCGGACUAUCGUAUGGAAAGAGGUGUGCAUGUUAGGCGCAAAAAAGUUGCGAUCAAGUAUGACCAUCUUAAGACUACAUUGUGAGUUUGAGUUUCAAGUUGAACAAGUAUUUGGAGAAGACAUUUAUGUUUACGUAAAGUCCCACAUUUGGGUUUCUGACGGCCUUUUGAGCAAAUUGCACCCGCACAUAACGAAACGUGUAUUCCUUUAUUACGAGUGAUAUAUUUAUGUAAGGGUAAUAUUCCACUGUCAUCCUCAUAAGUGCCUCACCAUGUAGGCACGAGAGCCUGCCUUCAACGCAGCUGUACCAGCCUUCGAGAGUACUCGAGACAGAAUAAUAAAUUUCACUUGAUUCCACUUA